CCCAGAUCUGCCGAGCGGCAACGCGACUCGCGACAGUCGCGCGUCGACAGCGAUACAAGGUGUACGUACUUGUUGCUAUUAGAUAUAGUGGACGCUGCACGCACUUUCGUGCUGCCGUACAUCACUCUGUUACGUAGGUAACAUCAUCGAUAUGCUGUGACUGUUAAAACUUGAGUGAUAAGUUAUAAACAAUAUGGUGACUGGUAUUGCUGGGAGCCCCCAACAGGGUGCUUCCAACCCCGUGAUGGUGGUGAACGGAAACAUGAGCCCGCCGGCCGUGCAGGCAGAUCAGAAGAAGUCCAGUGAUAACAGAAGGAGUAAUAAGCCCAUUAUGGAGAAACGAAGGCGCGCGCGCAUCAACAACUGUCUCAACGAGUUGAAAGCUCUCAUCUUGGAUGCCAUGAAAAAAGAUCCGGCCCGACAUUCAAAGUUAGAGAAAGCUGACAUCUUAGAAAUGACAGUGAAGCACUUGGAAGGGCUGCGCUCUGAAGGUGCAGGAUCGCCAGAUCGGUUUCGGGCGGGAUACAGGCACUGUGUAUCCGAAGUAGCCAAGUUUCCAGGCUUGGAUACUGGGCUAAGGAAACGCCUAGUAAAACAUCUUGAGACUUGUGCCUCUAGCUCAAAAUCUGUGAGAGCACCGACACCACCUUCAGAUCCCGAAGACGUUACUGCUUCUACUCAUUCUACAAUUUUUAUUUCCGCUGGUCCUGGAUCAGGCGUUCGGGUGGUACCCACGAGAUUGGCAAAUGGGGACAUCGCCCUUGUCCUACCUGCUGGUGUUAGCGCUAGUACUCUAGGAGCUGUUCCAACAUUAGUGCCAUUAUCACCUAGAGACGCCUCAUCAUCAUCAGUUUCAUCAGAGCCCAGAUGCUUUUCCCCAGCUAGUUCAGGGUGGGGUUCACCACCUCCCACAAUUGAAGACCCGCAGCGUGCUCCUUUGGCUCUCGUAACUAGAAGACCACCGUCAGAAGACAAACCUUGGCGGCCAUGGUGACACUUCCUCCAUUCCAUUAAUUGGAUUCUGUGAUAUAAUUUAAAUUUUGUACAUAAUGUCAAGAGUGUAUGUUGUUGAGAAAAUAUUAAAGUUCCUAGCAUAACAUUAUUUUAUAUACCUAGAGGAAAACAUGAAAUAUUAGUUGAUUUUAUUGAAGUUACUCAUAUACAUAUGGUCAGUUUUUGAGUGAUACUUUAGAUUUUAUGAAUGAGAGAAUUAAGUACAUUAUCAUAAGUGAAAGUAGAUUGCUACGUGUACAUUUGUGGAAGACAUCUGAUGCAGUAUUUUAUGUAUGUAAUAACUAAUAAGGAAACAGCCCCAUAUGUUGUUGUUGUAUUACAUUACUAUUAUUCUUUUAGGACUUAGUGCCAUGUACCUAUUUAGGUUUGUUUAGUGAACCAUUAUUAUAAUAAUUUACAAUUUAGUUGACAGAUUUUAUUAUUGAUUAUUAAAUACUUACUCGUACAUACUAGUAAUAGUGCCUAUUUAUUUAUUUUAAUUAUUAUUUUCAUUGAUACUAUUGAAAUAGUUAAAACAGUACAUAGAUGAAUUCUGUGUGCCUUAUACAGCAAAAUCGUAUAGUCUUCCAUAUAGUAUAGAUAAAUACCUAUUUAGUUUCUACUUCAUUUAGUAAAGCUAAAUUCAAAGAUAUUUUAUAUUUUUAUUGUAACGAUAAUAGCUUAUUAAAUAGUUUUAAUUUUAAUUUAUAAAUAACAAAGUUCAUUUACAAACAAUCUAGAUAAGACAUAAUUGUGUUUGUAGAAUAAUUCAAAUAGCGUAUUCUGUAUGGUUUUUUUUGCAUUUUUAUUAUAAACCUAUUUGAGAAUAUUAAUACAACUUUCUUUGAUGUUAAUAAGAUUCAUAUAGGUACAAAUGAUAUAGAUAGGGAGGUUGUAGCUAUAUUUAUGUAAAAUAUUACCUAUACUACUAUAUAAACAUUUAAUUUUAUCGCGAAACAAAAAUGUUGAAUAAUUUAGUGUUACCGAUGUACCAGUAAGUAGUAAUAAUUGUCUUCCUUUACCAGUUACCGUAUUUGGGCACUCAAUUAUUUUUACAUACUUUAGUUCGAGUGUGUAAUUAUGUUCUGUAAAACAUAAUAAGAUAAAUUAGCAAACGCUUUUAAUUUUAUGGGUAAAUUCAAUGCGUAAAGAUAUAUUAUCAUACCAUAUGUUUUUUAUUAUUUCAUUUUACGUACAACUUUAAUUAUAAAAAGUAACAUUCAUUUGUCGUUUGCUUAAAUGUUUAAGAAAAAAUAACGUGAUAUUAUUUUAAGAAACUGUAUAAUAAUGAAAAAUUAAAAUAUGUUGAUGCAUGUACCUAAAAUAUGCCAUUAAUGUAAAAAUAAAUAUACAUUUGAGUACAUAUUUA